AGGGCUAGGGUAUAAAAGUCAGGUGUGUUUUACUGCGGCGUUCGGGUGUGUUCUGCUCAGGAGCUGUUUGGGGGAGAAAUCGAGCACCAUGAAGUGGUUCAUCCUGUCUCUGAUUUGCCUCCAGCUCUCAGAUGGGCUGGUGAAAGUCACUUUGAAGAAAGGAAAGUCUAUGCGAGAGUUGAUGAAAGAGAAAGGCGUUCUGGACAGUUUCCUGAAGAAUCCCAAAGUUGAUCCCGCAAGGAAGUACCACUUCAAUAAUUACAAUGUCGCUAAUGUACCAAUAGCCAACUACUUGGACACCUACUACUUCGGAGAGAUCAGCAUUGGGACUCCACCCCAGAACUUCCUGGUUCUCUUCGACACCGGCUCCUCCAACCUGUGGGUGCCCUCUACGUACUGCCAGACCCAGGCCUGCUCCAAUCAUGCAAGGUUCAAUCCCAACCAAUCAUCCACCUUUUCCAACAUUGGAACAACCUACACACUGCCCUAUGGGUUUGGAGACGUGGAAGUGGUGUUAGGUUAUGACACGGUGACGAUCCAGAACAUGGUCGUUGAAAACCAGGAAUUUGGUCUGAGUCAAAAUGAACCUAACUACCCCUUCUACUAUACUUACUUUGAUGGGAUUUUGGGAAUGGCUUAUCCUCCGGUAGCCCUACCAGGGUACAACACACUUAUGCAGGAACUGGUGAAGCAGGGCCAGCUUACUGAGCUUAUCUUCAGUUUCUAUUUCUCCCGCCAGCCCACGUAUGAUUACGGAGGGGAAGUCAUCUUGGGAGGCAUUGACACCCAGCUGUUCUCUGGCCAGAUUACCUGGAUCCCUGUUAUCCAAGAGGUUUACUGGAAGAUUGGUAUUGAAGAGUUUGUUAUCGGACAGCAGGCAACUGGCUGGUGCAGCCAAGGCUGUCAGGGCAUCGUGGACACAGGGACAUUUCAGCUCACCGUCCCGCAGCAGUACUUGGGGUACUUCCUGGAGGCUGUGGGGGCUCAGGAAUCUAACGGAGAGUACGUGGCUGAUUGCAGCAACAUCUCAAACAUGCCGACCAUCACCUUCGUCAUCAACGGAUCCCAGUUCCCGCUGCCCCCCUCCGUCUACGUCCUCAAUAACAAUGGCUACUGCACUCUUGGAAUUGAGGUCACUUACGAACCCUCUCAGAAUGGGCAGCCGCUCUGGAUCAUGGGUAACAUCUUCCUUAGGGAAUAUUAUUCUGUCUUUGAUAUGGCCAACAACCAAGUGGGCUUAGCCCUAGCUGCCUAGUUAAACGAGGCCUCACCAGAACUGGCGAAAACAUUCCCUUUCUGGUCUAAAUCUUCUCUCCUGGACACUGUUGGAAUCAGACAUAGACUGUGUAAUUCUUACUGUGCCUUGCAUACAGCCUCAGCUUACCUCUGGCUUGCGUAUCCAUGCUCUCCACAUGUAUUGUU